AAUUGGUUCUGAAUAAAUUACCAUAACCAAAAUGAACUUCUAUCAGCUCCAAAAAUUUGGGUUUAAUUGAUUAAAAAAUAAGAUAGUUAUUCACCAUUAUAUAAAAAAAUUGUAUUAAAUUACCCCAAAUUACGGUACCUAUUAUACAUUUUUGGCAUAUCUAAUAAUUGUUAAGCAAGGUCUAAAUAACUACUGUUAUUAUCUAGUAUGGUAUAAACUUAAUACUAUAAAGCCUUUACUGCAUUAAUAAAUGCACCUGUGAGGCUUGUGUUCUGUGCUGUAGGGUAUAUAUUUUUGUUGUCCAAUAAAUAAUACUUGCCAAUAAUAGUAAUGAUAAAUGUAUCAUGGUUUUAAUAGUUUACCUUUUGACUCAACGAUAUCAUUUUCAUGUGUCUUAUUGUGCCUUCUUAAAUUCCCAUUGGAAGCAAAACACUUUUGACAAAUAUCACACUUUGUUAAAGCCAUAAUAAAUUGUUAUUAACAAUUCAUAAACAUAAAAAUAUACAACACUUAAAACUUAUAAAAAUACUCAAAACAAUAAAAACACAGAUUAAAAAUCAAACACCAAAACCUUGUCUGUUCUAAACAACAGCUUAGUACUACAGAAAUAAAAAUACUUAAAGAAUGAAAACCCCUCUAUAAUAACACAGAUUAAACAUCAAACACCAAAACCUUGUCUGUUCUAAACAAUAGCUCAUUACUACCAUGGAAUAGUAGGUAUAUUCUGCUCGAGUGAAAAGUUUGUCACACGAGCCGAAGGCGACAUUUAAAUAUCCCGCCAUUAGGAGUCGUCAAAUAAGUUGUACAUUUGGCAACAUGGUAUUGUCCGGGUGCUACAAUUAAUCGUUCCUACAUUCACUACGUUUAACGUAGUACGUUACCAACAGUAAAAAAAAAUCUGUUGCUGGAAAUUGUCAUUUUCGUUUUAUUUUUUUUUAAUUGAAGGCAAUUUUUUAAAUUGUACUAGAAUUGCCAAAGAGGUGCUGACGUACUAGAAGCUAUUUUUUUGUACUAGAAAAGUACAAUUGUACUAAAAAUCACACCCCUGGCUUAACCUAACUUUUUAUCCACAGAACGAUUUUUAUCCUAUGGGAUCUCCCAUCGGAUCAAAAACGUGUGCGGUGGUUCAAAUAAGUGGGGUUAGAGGUUGUUUGUUUUUGAUUUGGUUUGAUUUGAUUUUUCCUUUUUUUUUGCCGGAACAGGAUGAACAAAUUCAGUAAAAAUAUUUAAAAUGACGACGAAAUUGAACAUUGCGGUUUCCACGUUCGUGAAUCCUUACUUAUUUUGGAUUCAGGACAAAGAUGUUCAUUACAAACUUGUUUAUUUGCAAAAAACAUUAAUGAAAUCGUGCAAGCCCAGUAUUAGUGAUGUAUUUAAUAAAGGAGAUAUUGUUGGAGUAUUUUACAAUAAAGCAUACUACAGAGGAAUUAUCGAACAAUGCCCUGAAAAAACAGAAGAUGAUAACUUAAAAUAUUUGUGUUGGUUGAUGGAUUAUGCAGCUGUGAUUGAAAGUAAACAAAUUUGCAAAUUAGAGUCAAAUUUGAAAAAAAUUCCACCAUUAAUUGAGCAAGCUUGUUUAAAUAAUAUUGUCUUUGUUGAAGAGAAAAUGGAUUAUAACUUGGUUUCUGAGGGAAUAAUCACAAAAAAAUUGACCACUUCUCCCCCACAAUGUCCAGCUAUUCGUGAAAAAAUAUUGGAAUUCAUUAAACAUUACAAUGAUUUUGAGUUUGUUGUUCAUGAAAAUAUUGAAGGGAUUCUUAUUGGAGACAUAAUUCUCAAUAAAAAAGAUGAAAGUAUAUCUCUAUCCAAAUUAUUAAAUGAUAAGGGGAUAAUGCAGACUAGUAAUGCUUUAUUUGAAGACAUUAAAGAUAAGAUUGCGUUGUUUAAAGAUAACCAAAUAUCUUUUUUGAGACAAAUUUCCAAAGAUGUUAAACUUAAUACAAGUGGUAUGUCUUUAAUAGAUGUUUCUUUGAGUGAAUAUGAAGAAAGAGAUGUUUAUAAUUCUUCAGAAUCCUUCAUUUCAAUAAGAAAAAGAGAUUCAGACACAGAGAGUUCAGAUGUUGAAAAUAAACCAUUAAAUAAUUCUGCAAAUACAUCUCCAUCAAAUACUGAUGAUUCUGUUGGAAAUAGAAGAAAAUUGAUGCUGCAGAAAAUUUUGAACAGAAAGAAAAACGCAAGUGCCAAUUCAGAAAAUUCAUCCCUUAUAGAAAACUCAUCUUUGAAAGAAAAUUCUUCAAUCAAAGAAAAUUCUAUGGAUGUAAAUAGCAGUACAAAAUCAAUUGAAGAAGGGAAAACUAGCACCGAUUUUUCUGAUUUCAGAGAAAAUAACGACCGCCCCUCUCGCCCUGUUAACUUCCUUCCAGCCGGCUCUAACCUCAAUGUUCACAAAAAAAAUAAACCCGCUCACCCGCACAAUCCCCCGAAAAACGGCUGGCUAAAGCACAGCACCCCUGUUAAACCCCACUCCUUAACCUCACUUUCGGAAACGCCCCAGUUCCACGGAUCGACGACGUCUCUGGAAACAGCCUCCUCCGAUUCCAAGGACGACGCCUCCGCCGGCCAAUCGCAGUCGAGCACGCGGCCGAAAACGGAGACGUCAGGCUCGGAGAUCGAUCUGAUUGGCGGGAACGCCGUUCAAGCGCCAUCUGUGGGCGUCAAGCCCACUUGCAGCUGCAGCAAGUGCAGCCACUACACGCACUGCACGGAUUUUAAGGUGGCUGAAGGGGGCGAGAAGAUUCAACGGCUGGAUGUUUGCAAACCGACGCCACUGUUUUUAAGUAGGGAGGAAAAUGUUGAGAGGCAAUGCGAGAUUUUAGGUAUUCGGUAUUCCCAAAUGAGCAAAAUUGAGAAGCAAAAAGCUGGAAAGAUUUUGGUGCAUGGCCUUAAUAUUCCAAGGCCAGUAAAACAGAUCGGCACGGCGUCUCUUCACGAUUUCAUACACGCAACGCUAAGGAAAAAAGGCUACACGGAAUGCAAAAGGCUGCAAUCUUACGCUUGGCCUGCAAUUCUCAGACAAAGCAAUGUUUUCUUGGUGCACAAUCCAAAAACGGGCAAAACAUUGUCCUAUUUACCCGUUAUAGCUUCGCUAAUAUUGGAAAAAAGUCGCUAUGAACAAUUAUCGAAUUUCAAGGGUCCCAUAGCGGUUGUUUUGUGUGGAAAUUCUAAAAAUUGCGAGGAUGUACACGAUUUGUUCAAGGUUUUUCUGCAUAAAAGUUAUAUAGAGGUUGUUUUGGGGACAUAUCCUUCCAAGCAUAGCAAUAGGAACCACACGGAUGUUCUAAUAACAACCCCAGCCAUACUGAUACACCUGCUUAAAACAAGCCAAACGAAUUUAAAAAGACUCUCCCACCUAAUAAUAGAAGACGCGGAUGUUAUUUUGAAAAGGGAUUCGAUAUACAUGGACAAAAUCUUCAAAGUCGUCGAAGAUAUGCUGUCGCACCGCGUCUGCGCAAUAAGUUGCCAGCUGCUCGUAAUAGCCGAACAUUGGGGCAAAAAUUUGCAAAACCUCGCCGAGAAACUGGCCAAAACUCCCACCGUAAUCAUGGGGAACUUCUUCGAGGCCGCUCGAUACGGCAAAGUCGAUUUUUCCCUGGUCAUGUUUGAUUCCACCAGAAAGGAGUUGGAACUAAAGAGUUUGUUAAAAAAUACUUUUAACAUACACAAAACCAUCUUGAUUUGCCAUGAAGACGAUUUGGAGGAAAUUCAGAACACAUUUUUGCUGGGUGGUAUCGAGAAUAUUUUCGUUAAACCCAGCGACAGCAAAGAGGACAAAUUAUUUGCUGAACAGCAGUGGGAUGCGACCAAACCUGGGCUAUACAAAGUGUUGGUUUGCACUGAUGUGGAUUUUAAUACUGAAUUAACUGUAACCAAUGCAGACGUUUUAAUCAAUUAUUCCAUGCCUAGUUCUUGGACCAGGUUUACCACAAGAUAUUCAUGCUUUUUGGAGACUUACAAACAUCUCUUUAAUGGAGAUAAUGAUAAAUUCCCAUUAAAAAGUUACGUUUUCACCGACGAAACGUCCCUAAAAGAGAUACCAAGAUUUUUGGAAUACUUCCACGAACUGGAUAUCGAACUUCCUCAAGCCCUUUAUGACUAUGAAAAGGCAAUCCAAAAUGAAAAGGAGGAGGAAAAAAUCUCCAAAAAGACCCCUCUGUGCCCCGAUCUGUGCCUGUUUGGCAAACCAUGUGGCAACAUAAAAUGCCCCUCCAGACAUUUGUUGAGCAAAAAAUUGGACUCUUCCGAUUUUAUGCCCAAAAACGGUAAAAUUAAGUUUAAAAUCGUCAACUUUAUCGACGUAUCGAAUUUCACGAUAAAACUGAUCGAAAACAAAUCACUGGAAGGCAAAGUAAAAACGUUCGAAUCUCCGGAAAAUUUGACGAAAAAUCUGACCGAAGUCCUGAAGGAUACGAAAAUAUCCCUGGCUGAUUUCAGCGACAAAUAUUGUGCCUACUACGAUAUCGAUGAUGGCGAAGGCGUUUUUUACAGGUGUCAAGUUUUGAGGGAAAAAAAUGACGAGGUCAAAGUUUUCUUGAUCGACACUGGUGUCAACUUGUCGACUUUGAAGUCGCACCUCUUCAAAUUGCCUGAGGAGUUUCAAGGCAUUCCCUCCACAAUUGCGAACGCAUACAUCUCGAACUUCGUUCCGCCCUUCGAGGAUCGCAACUACUCGGCUCGCUCGUACUUUUCCGCGAAAACCCUCCUGGAAAAGUCCAACUACAAGCACCUGCAGCUCACCGCCGACGUGCACCUGCAACUCGGCAACGUCGUGUGGAUCGGCAACGUCGUCGAGGCGGUGGACGUCGGCAACGACGUGCAGGUGUACCCCUUCCACCUCUCCAAGGAACUUCAGCGACUCAAGUGCGUGGAGGUGGACAGGCGGCAGUCGGAGGGUCUGAGGCGGCUGUGCGCCGAGGCGGGGAUCGAGCUGGCCAAGGUCGAGGCGGCGGUCAAAAGCGAGGUUAGGAUCGAGCAGGUGAAGCCGAACUGGGCGUUCUUCAACCAGGAUUCCGUGGAGGACGUGAUUUUUUGCGCUGGGGUUUCCCCCGCUUGGUUUUACGUCCGAUUGAACAGAUUCAGUAGCCAGUUAUACAAUCUCCAAAAAGAAAUGGUAAAAUUGGUCCACAAACCCAGCAAAAAACUCGAAAUACAAGAAGGAAAAUGCUACCUGGCCAAAGACCCCGGCAGCUCAGACUACUCGCGAGUGCUGGUAUUAAAAAAAGAAAUCGACAAGGCCCUGUGCUUUUUCGUGGAUUUCGGCGACGAAUACGUCAUAAAUACGGCCGAGUUAAAAUACCUACCGAAUCAUUACAUUCUAAAAUUACCGUUUCAAACUAUACAAUGCAGCUUGCACGGAAUCAACUCCACCGGGGGCGAAUGGGAGGACGGGGCUAUAAACGCUUUAUACGAGUAUUCCUUGGAGCCCAAGACCGACAUCUACCGAACUCUGUUCGUUAAAUCCUGCUUUAAACUCGAGCCGACGCUCGAAAAACAAAAUAGAUAUUCCGUGCUGUUGAAGGAUGGUUUUGGGACCAAGAAUCCCCUGAUCAAUAAGCUUCUGGUCGACUGUGGAUGGGCUGUUACGAGCAACAAGGAAUUCGAAGAUUUCGAGAUUCCGGUUCAACGUAUUUCGAGCGAUGAUGAUGAUUGCAUUGAUGAUGAUGAAUAUAUUGGAGAAGAAGAAAAAGCUAGAGCAAUAAAGGAGUUUGAGGAGGAAUUUGAGAACAACACCGAAAACGGAACCUACAGAUUCGACGUCGACAAUUUCGAAAUCUGCAUCAACGAAGCCGAACAAUUUUUUUUGGACGUUUUAAAAUCCAAAAAAUUUCCGUCGCACUCCGCCCCGGCCAUCGCCGAUUCGAAAAUCGACGUUGCCAAGUCGAAGGCAAAGGCCACGUUGCCGGCUUUACCGCCCGUCGACUAUCUGACGCCGGACGUUUAUUGGUCUCAGAGCGAUCACGUGGUCAAACUGAGUAUCAGGGUGACGGACGUCCAAAAGUAUGACGUCGCGCUCAAUAGGAAUAGGUUGUUUAAAUUUAGUACCAAUAAAAACGGCAAAGAAUACGUGGUGAACCUAAUGUUGUACGAAAAAAUAAAAUCGUUUCAACAUUCCGUUCUGGGGCCACAAGUGCGCGUUACUCUAAUCAAAGAGAAAGAUUUAGAGUGGCCGCGACUUCUCAUGUCGAAAGAAAAAGCCCGUAACGUCCGUUACGACGUCGCAGCCAUUAAAGUGGACGACAAAAAGAGGAGGAAGUUUUUAACCAUCGACGACCCAGAGGGAGAAAAGGUGAGUGAUGAUGAAGAUGGUCCCAUGUAUGUCCAAGAAUCUGAUGAAAACAGUGAAUUCGCUGAAGACUUGGAAUUUUCUGAUUCCUAAAUAAAGGUAUUAAAACAAGUUAAAAUUUGUUAAUAAUAAGUACAAUGUCAAUAUUAUUUAUAAAAUCGCGUAAUUUUAAGACUACUGAUUUUUUUACUAUUCUUAAAUAGGUUUUGUGUCACACUUUUUAAUAAUAACACUGUAGGGAGGUAAAAAUAUCACAGCUAAACCGAGCACGGAUUUGGAAUCUACGACCAAAAAUUAUGUUUACGUUUCCGAGCGUUUAGCUAUGAUAUUUCAAGAGUUAAAAAUUUACCUACAGUGUAAUAAUAAUAAAAUAAAAAUACCAGAGCGAGAUUGAAAAAAAUCGUGAAUAUGAUUUUUCCAUAUAAAUAAUUUGGCGUUGUUAUAUUUUACAUUUGUUCACAUUUGUUGUUAAUUUUUUCAAAGAUAUUUUGUAAUACUAUAUUUUAGACUUAGUAUAAGAAAAGUUUCUUAUUUUUUCAAUAAAUUACAUUAAAAUGAAAUAUUGUUUUCUAAUUC